AUGGGGCUGCCACAGCUCUGCAAGGAGUUUGACGAUUAUCAGCAGCGCGCCUCGGGGACUGCAUACGGUAAAGCACACAACACGAUUGCUUUGCCUCCUGCGAUCAAAAUAUUUGCUGUGGCAGGAACAUCUGAAGAUAAACAGAAUAGUGCUUCACGGUGCCAGCCCUGGUUCAUUGGAGGGAGUGUUUGCCUUGCCAGUCCCAUUUGGAAUGGAGCUUUGUGGGAGGCGAGUUUCGCCUUCGGCAUACCGAGCAUCACGGGCGCCUCAGUGAAUUUGCUGCUGCCCAUUGCGUGUCUUCUCCUUGGCCCGUACUUUGACUGGUACCACCUCACCCUACAAAUUCUGGACCUGUGCUCCAGUUUGGCCAUAUUCUGUGCAUCUUUGGGUUUUGUGACGACUUUUGCGAGACUGCACCAGUGUGGACAUCUAAACAUGAGCAUCGGUCACGGCGGGGAAGGUGAAUUGACACCUGUAAUGCCGUUAGCAGCAGCCAGGAGGGUGGCACGGCUGUGCAAGGACUGGGAGAUCCUAAAUGCGCUCACAUCAGGAUCAGUAGUGCCUCUGAAGCCAUGUGCAUCGUUCCAUUAA